AGAGAGCAGCAGUGACAGCGCGGAGCAGCGAAAGUGUACAGUUGUCUGUCAGCUUUACCACUUCAGUCAGGACGGUGUCUGAGGUUUAGCAUAUCAUGUCGUUCAUUCUAAUGAAGAAAAAGAGAUUUAAAUUCAGAGUAGAAUUCAACUUGGAGGAAUUGUCGUCGGUUCCCUUUGUAAACGGAGUUUUAUUCUGUAAAGUUAGACUCCUAGAUGGAGGCUUUGGCCAAGAGUCGUCUCGGGAGCCAGUCCAAGCCAACUGUGUACACUGGAGGAAGAAAUUCUCUUUCGUGUGUAAGAUGAGUGCCAAUGCUGAGACAGGAGUACUCAACCCCUGUUUGUGCCGGGUGUCUGUGCGCAAGGAAUUGAAGGGUGGAAAAAGUUUUGCAAAGCUGGGCUUUGCUGACUUGAACCUGUCUGAGUUUGCUGGGUCUGGCAGCACCACACGACGGUGUCUCCUAGAGGGAUAUGACACCAAGAACACCAGACAGGACAACUCAAUUCUGAAGGUUGUCAUCACCACACAACUUAUGUCUGGAGACCCCUGUUUUAAAACUCCCCCAUCUACUGCCAUGACUCUGGGAAUCCCACAGGCUGAAGCAGAGUGUCUCCUUGAGGACAGGAAGGGAGGGGACAUGCACAUAUCCCAUGCACUCACUAAGACUCCAUUAAAGUCAGUAUCAGUCCCAGAGGAGCUGGUAGUGUAUGGCCACUCUAGAACACCCAGCCAUGCAAGUCAGCAUUCAAAAAUCUCAGGUUACAGCUCGAAUCACUCCAGUUUAACAGAUCUGUGCCAUCGGAGGAGCGCAUCCGGAGGUUCUGCCUCCACAGGCAUCGGCAGCAUCCUGGAACCCAGUGACCAGCAGGGAGAGAGCAGGACAACUCCCCCGAUCUCUGCAACCUGUCAACAUGCACCUGAACACCCCUCUACCCCUGCUAAAGGUCCAAGACAUCUAGUUAAGCAGAACUCAAUGGAGAAUCAGCUGAAGAGAGUUGAUGCCACCAGGGUGGAUGCUGAUGACAUAAUUGAGAAAAUCCUGCAGAGCCAGGAUUUCAGCCAUAGUUUCUUGGACUCCAGUGCAGAGGAGGAGGGGCUCAGCUUGUUUGUUGGUCCUGGUGGGAGUACAGCCUUGGGAAGCCAGCACAUGAGGGUCGCAGCUGGAGCCUUUGAGCAGGUGGUGAUCAAGCGCUAGGCUUUGGGAAGCAUGUGCCUGUCAUAUUACACCAAUGCGCGGGGACACAAGACUGCGUUAUGGAGGUUCCAUCAGAAGUGUCUCCCGCCUCACUCCAGGAGAUUUAAUUUCUCUUACGCAAUCUCUCUGCAUCUGACCUACAGUGUCUGUUGACCCGGAGAGCUCCCUAGUGUUCAAGAAGUGGAGGUGAAGGCCACAUUAUUGGAACACUUUGGUGACUGAGAUAACUGUUGUACUGACAUUUAUGUUAGUCUUCUUUGAUGAAAACUGUAAGACUAGGGGUUAGUACUGUUAUUCUACACAUAUUGUUCACCCAUCUUGAUGACAUUUAAGCUGUUAAUUCUCUGCUAUUUAAAAAAGUAUGCAGUACUUUGGUAUGGUUGAUUUUGUUUCACCAUUUUCCUUGUACCACACGUAGCUGGAGGGGGGACUGUGUCCGCUCCUUGAAGUCCUAUAUAUUUAAAGUAAUAGAAAACUGACAUUGUGAAAUGUAUAGUGGUUUAACAUUGUGUGUCAACAUCUUAAGCCCAUUACAGAAAAACACCUCUGUUCACCUGGUUGUGAGGGAGGAUGACUGCAUUUAAAAUACCAUGACAUUUAUAUGGGGUUUUUAUUUGGGUAUGAUGUCUAUUUUGUGUGUGCAUGUACCUUUUGUCUGUUGUCUGUUGUCUGUAAUGUCAAAAAUAAUGAAUUUAUUUUUAUCACAGAUUUUGUAAAUGCGCCAACCAUAGUAAAAUGUACCUUUGCUGCCACUUACAAAGUUAUAUCUAAAGUAUAUAAACUAUGUAGCCUUCGUAUUGAAAGUCAACUGUGUAAAGCCCAUGAUGUUUUUAAGAUAUUUAUAGGUUGUUUUUAAGAUGUUAGAAUAUUGUAUUUAAAGCCUAAUAAAAAGUACAUUUGACAAAAAGAAAUGCACUCUG